AUGCGUCCACGUCCCAUCCUGUGCGGGCAGAUGCUACCGGUGCUGGUGGCCACCGGUAUCGCCCUAUUGCUACUGCAGCCACCGGUCGAUGGUGAACUGUUUACCGCGCUGGCGGAUAUGGAGGAGCUGCUCGAAACGGAAGCCGUACUAAUUACCAAUCUCGACAAUUACGUCCAGGCACAAGAAGAAAAGCUGAUGCAGCUGCGUCGCAAGGUGCACGAGUAUCGCCGUGAGCACACGGAAGCGGCCCGGGACGUUAGUGCGUACCUAUCGAACCCGGUCAAUGCGUUUCUGCUGACCAAGCGUCUCACGACCGAUUGGCGGUACGUGGAAAACCUGAUGACGUACGAAGUUGGGAAGGAAUUUCUCGAGAACGUGACGAGCUACCGGAGUGUGCUAAAGUUCCCAUCGGACGAGGACUUGAAUGGGGCGGCCGUUGCGCUGAUGAGGCUGCAGGACACGUACAAUCUCGACACGGCUAGCCUUGCCCGGGGUAUGCUGAACGGGGUGCAGUACAGUACGGAGCUGUCGGCUGGCGAUUGCUUUGAGCUGGGACGUCAAAGCUAUCUGAAUGGGGAUUACUAUCAUACGGUGCUGUGGAUGCGCGAGGCGAUGGAUAGACUGACGAGCGAGGUUAACCGUACCGCAACCAAGGAGGAUGUGCUGGAGUAUUUAGCAUUCUCUACGUUUAAGCAAGGAAACAUCCAGACGGCGCUCUCCAUGACGGAAGAACUGCUCGAACUGGUGCCGGAUCACGAGCGCGCUGUCAGCAACAAGGCGUACUACGAGAAGGAGCUGCAGAAGGAGGCCCAGCAAAAAAUUCUGCGGGGGGAUGAUGGUAGCGAGGAGGUACCGAUUGACACCACCACGAAGAUCCAGAAAGAGGCUACACCACACGUGUACGACACCAGUGAGCGGAAGCUGUACGAGAAGCUGUGCCGGGGCGAACAGCAGCCACCGAUCGAGCUGCGUUCGCAGCUCGUCUGCCGAUACACCACCAACACGUCCCCGUUUCUGCGCAUCGGCCCGCUGAAGCUCGAAGAAGCGUACCUGCGCCCGUACAUCGUCAUCUACCACGAGGUGAUGUCGGAUCGGGAAAUCGAACGCAUCAAGCAGUACGCCCGGCCGCGGUUCCGCCGGGCGACGGUACAGAACUACAAAACCGGCGAGCUAGAGUUUGCCAACUAUCGCAUCAGCAAGUCGGCCUGGCUGAAGGAUGCGGAGGAUGAGAUGAUCCGCCGGAUUAGCCGCCGCGUCGAGGACAUGACGGGGCUGACGAUGGAAACGGCGGAAGAGUUGCAGGUGGUAAACUAUGGCAUUGGUGGCCAUUACGAGCCACACUUUGAUUUUGCGAGGCGCGAGGAGCGCAACGCGUUCAAGAGUCUUGGUACGGGCAAUCGUAUCGCUACCGUGCUGUUUUAUAUGAGUGACGUAACGCAGGGUGGUGCGACCGUGUUUCCCUCGCUCCAUCUUGCACUGUGGCCCCGCAAAGGGACGGCCGCCUUCUGGUUUAAUCUGCACGCAUCCGGCCGCGGUGACUACGCGACACGCCACGCUGCCUGUCCGGUACUUACCGGCACCAAAUGGGUAUCGAACAAAUGGAUCCACGAGCGGGGACAGGAGUUCCGACGACCGUGCGGAUUACACUUAGACCAUUCGGAGGACGAGUUCUGAUAGUAUAAACUGGUAGCGAAACUCGCAUAUCAUCCUACCACCAUGACCUAAUACCAAACGCCAAUCUGCCAUAGUUUUUAGUUUCAAAUUAUAAUCACGCAACGAUAUGUUGGAAGUAAGUUAAUUAAGUGCCAACUUUAAAUUGAUAAACACUAC